AUGGCCAGCGCACUGAGCUCCUCGUCGGCGCCCGCCAAGCCCUGGGAGAAGCGCCAGAGCACCGCCGCCCAAGCAGGCGGCGACUUGUUGGCGUCUGCUGGUGUCGCGCCGCAGUCUUCGGGAGCUGCGACGGCCUCCCGCGUGGCCGCAGGCGCCACCGCCGCGUCUUCGUCUCUUGCAGCGGGAAUCUCUUCGCUCUCCAGCGCCUCCACAGCCAUGAACGCGGCGUCCACCACCUCUCAAUACGGAACAGGUGCUGCUGCUGCUGCUGCUACGGGCUAUGGGGCCACGGGGUACGGCGCUGCUGGAGGUUACGGCACUACUGGCUACGGCACGGGGCUGGGCUCGACGUACGGGUCGGGGUACGGCGGCAUUGGAGGGUACGGAGGAGGCUACGGGGGCAUCGGCUCGUACGGCGGCAUGGGCGGCUAUGGAGGCGGCUAUGGCAGCUACGGGGGCAUGUCGAGAAUGGGCUACGGGGGCAUGAUGGGCGGCGCCAUGGGCGGCAUGAUGGACCCGAACGGCGGCGGCCUGGGCUGGCUCGCGAGCUUCAACCAGAUCGUGAGCUCCAUCGGGCAGAUCACGGAGCUGCUCGGCAUGAACGCGGAGGCGCUCAACUUCUGCAUCGGGAGCUUCGUGCACUUCUUGGAGAGGAUAGGGGCCAUGUGCGCCGGCAUCGCGGCCAUGCUGGCGCCUCGGCCCGUGUUCCCGCCCGGCCACCCGCGGCACGGCGAGCCGCCUGUGACCGAGGAGGAGGAGAAGAGCCGGUUGCGCCGCGUGCGCAUCUUCCAGUUCAUGGUGAGCAUGGCGGCGCUCGGGUGCGUGUACAAGGGGCUGCGGUGGCUCGCGCGGCUGCGCUCCCCCAAGGCGCCGGCCAAGCUGCUGGUGGCACCGCCCAGCGUCGGCAUGGGGCGGGACCUGGAGAACAUUUUCCAGCGCACAGUGGGCGUCAACCGCUUCUGA